AUAAAUAAACGAGUUUAGCGGAAUUUCGUGUGUCACAUGUACGAAGGUUAAUGCCUCAAUAACUGAACGUAGUUUUUAAAUUAUAUUUUAGUUCAGUUUUAUAUGCCCCGUUAUUAAAUUUAAUAUCUGCUCCACCUGCUAACUUCUAAAGGUGGGGAGGCUCAGCAGUGAUACUGUCAAUUUACUCGUGUAGAAGGUGUGUCAUGAGGCUAAGCUGGAAAAGUGUUAUAAUUUUUACAGUUGUAUAUAUUAUAAUUACUUUGGUGACAUUAUAUAGAUUAUAUAGUGACGUCAUUUUCAGAUUAAAAUCAAACGGUAAGUUCAAAGGCAACAUCCAUUACCAGGAAGCCCAUGAUGCCUGGAUGAACACUUCUGAGUUUGAGAGUGUUCCUCAAGAAAGAAAUAUAUAUAAACCAGUAACAUCUCCAUACACAGUUGAAAUAUGGGGAAAAGCAGCACUCGGCCUUUAUCUCUGGAAGCAUGUGUUAGGCGGGAAGCUUCAAAAUGUGCAGAAUGGAUUCAUUCAGCAGGGAUAUUUAACAGUAAAUGAUGUAACUUUCAUAUAUCGCUCUGGGCCCGGAAUAAUUCAGACAACAGUCCCAAGUGAUGUUCAGUAUUUGAUUCUUGUACUGAAUGGGCGCUCAGAAGAGAAAAUUAAGUCUGCAAAACUAUGGUUAGAUUAUUUACCGUUGUAUCCGAAUUUAAAAAAAAUGGCUGUUGUCCUUCUUGGAAAUGAGAUGUGUGAUAAUAACUGGAUUCUUCCAUAUGUCCAUUCCCGUGGCGGUAGAAUUGAUUUAGUAUUCCUCGUGUAUGAUUCUCCACUGAUUGACAAUGUGGAGUUUUAUCAGUGGCCUUUAGGAGUUGCUGUGUACCGGGGGUUUCCUAAUGUAAACCCAGAGAGUGUUGAUGUAACUUCUCCUCGUUCGCAUGUUUGCAAUUUUUUGGGCACUGUCUAUGAAAACUCUUCUCGUGAAAUCUUGUCAAGGAUAAUAAAAUCUAUAGAUUUUCAUGAUAACUGUAUCAUUUUAGAACGAAAAAGGUGGCUUCCAUUGGAAACUGAAGACUCACUGAAGUACUACAUUGAUUCAUUACGUAAAUCAGAUCUUACAUUAUGCCCAGUAGGAAAAAACACCGAAUGCUACAGGAUUUAUGAAGCUAUGACCUUGGGAAGUGUACCAAUAAUUGAGAACUUACGAACAGAUGGAAACUGUGACACUUCAGAUGUGGCUCCGCUAAGACUUCUGAAGCGGUAUGAUGCACCCGUAAUCUAUGUGAAGAGUUGGUAUGAAUUACAUGAACUUCUUAAACAAGAAGCUGAACUUACACUCGAAGAAAAAGUUGAAAGAAGGACAAAUGUUGUGAAGUGGUACAAUAGCUUUAAGAGGAAACUGAGUAAUCAUUUUAUUAAAGUGAUUAAACACAAGUUUUUUGCUGAUAAAGAGACAUAAUUAUUUUUUUUUAAUUCGCUUAGUGGGGGGUGGAUUCCAACUGGGUCCACUCCGCACAGUGGCCAUUGA